UCCUAUGCCAUUUUUCGUGUUAGUCGGUAACUGCAGAUCGUUCACAAUGUUUCGAUCCAAUUGGAAGAAACGCCUGCUCGGUGUGAGAUCGAAAUCGAGUUUGGGGGAGCCGUGUCUUGGCCAUGCCCUCAUCGUGACAUUCGUGCAUUACUUCUCCUGGGGCCUGCUAACCGUGCCCUUUAUGGUGAAGCUAAGCGAAACAUUUGCGGAGCGAGCCUUUCUCAUUGACGGUGUGAUCUAUGGGAUCAGGGGAACGCUGGCGUUUAUCGCGUCCCCAUUAUUGGGCGCCCUCUCCGACACUUGGGGACGAAAGCCGCUGAUGCUAAUGGCUGUGGUGACCACCUACUCGCCCAUUCCGAUGUUGAUUAUUAAGGAUUCGUGGUUCUUUGCCAUGAUCACGAUCAGUGGUGUCUUCGGCACAGUCUACUCGACGGUUCUGGCCUAUGUGGCCGAUGUUACCUCACAGGAGGAGCGCUCGAAGGCCUAUGGUCUGGCCUCGGCCACCUAUGCAGCUGCCAUGGUACUCUCACCGGCCCUGGGCAGCCUCCUAAUGGACAAAUACGGACUCCCUGUGGUCGUAUCUCUUGCUGCAGCUACUGGUCUGAUGAACAUCCUGUUUAUAGUGCUCGCAGUGCCGGAAAGUCUGCUCAUGCAGAAGGAACACGAUCAUGCCAUGGGCACCGCUUGGUGUGGAGCACAUCCAUUCGUGGUUCUGCGAAAGUUGCGAAAAGACAAGACCUUGCUCCUCAUCUGCCUGAUUGUUUUUCUUUGCACCUGGCCCGAGGCUGGCGAGGAGUCCUUUGUCCCACUCUACCUUACGCUCAAUAUGGGCUUUGGAAAUGUGGAAGUAUCCGUGCUGGUUGGUCUUGUCGCAGUGCUCGGCGUCACGGCGAAUGUCACGCUGGGACUCAUAAUGAACGGCCUGGGAGCGAGGGGGGCCAUCCUCACAGGACUGGUCCUGGAAAUGUGCCAACUUCUGCUCUACGGAGUCGGUAGACACAAGUGGACGAUGUGGAUGGCUGGAAUAAUGGCGGCCACAGGCACAGUCGCGGGCUCCGCCUGCAGCGUCUUCUCAUCCAUGCACUCUCAUGCCCACAAUCAGGGAGCUGUUCAGGGCAUGAUUGCUGGCAUGAUGGAACUCUCCGAGGGCCUGGGACCAGCCGUCUUUGGAAUACUCUUUUAUGCCUUCCACCAGGAUCAGAACGGGCCUCACAAUAGCCAAAUCGGGAUACCAUUUAUUGCGGGGGCCAUCAGUGUACUACUGGCCAUUAUUUUAGCCACCUUUAUAGUGGAAGAUGUAGACAAGUCCUCUGGAAUAGGGGACGAGACGAAACCAUUGACGGGAGAAGACGCCAGAAUCUGUUUAUCUUAGGAUUAUGUUGGAAAAUCAAAAUAAAAUUGUCA